CAUCUGCAGCCUGGCUGACACACACCAGCUUCAAGCAUCAGCUCCUCUUCUCUUAGUAAUGAAGGCGUGUGCUACAGCAGUCUUCUUCCUCUUAGGCUACGUCAGCCAUGUUUCUUUAGCAUGCCCGCCGCUUUGCAAAUGCUACCCAAGAAGAGCUGAGGUGGUCUGCAAUGACGUUCCUCUGAUGGCGUUCCCCUCCGAGGGCCUCCCCAGGAACACCAGCACCCUCACCAUUCAGUUCACCAACAUCACGUCCAUCACCGAGCAGGAUCUCCAAGCCACGCCCCACCUGAAGGAGCUCCAUUUGUUCAGCAACCGCCUGAGGAACCUCUCCUCGCAUUUCCUCAGGGCCGUUCCUCACCUUGUCACUUUGGACCUCACGGGCAACAAAUUGACUCACCUACCUGCAGAUGUCUUCAGCCAUGCUCCUCUUACUAGCUUGGUGCUCAAGAACAACCUAAUGGAGGUAGUGGACGCAAGUUGGCUUCCGGACAACUGCAACCUGACUUGGCUGGACUUGUCUGGGAAUCGCUUGACUAAAAUCCCAGCUGAUUUCCUCAAGAAGAUGCCAUAUUUGGAGAACCUAGAUCUCUCCAACAACCUCCUGGAGAAGAUCUCAGCAAAUUCUUUGGAUCAGCUCACCAAGCUUGAUCGCCUGAAUCUACGCAACAACAAGCUGGACGCUCUGGAUGCUUCUCUACUUGGUAGCACCCGUAACCUCACCUACUUGUUCCUUUCCAGGAACCAGCUCUCUCACCUCCCUGAGAACAUAUUCCAAGAGCUCACUCAGCUCCAACAUCUCAGCCUGGAUGACAACAAGCUGAGCAGCAUCCCCACAGGACUGCUGGACCACCUUACGUCUCUAGAUGACGAAGGACUGGACUUGACCGCCAACCCCUGGAUUUGCGACGGUAAGAUGGAGUACCUUUUCAGGUGGCUCCAGAAGUACCAGAAGAAGCUCUUCCUUCCUGAGACCAUCACAUGUUCUGGUCCACCGUCUCUGAAGACCCGUGCUGUGACGACGCUAACAGAAAGUGAUCUAAACCUUCAGUCUUAGUCAUGAAAACGUGCUCCAUCAUUUGGGCUUUACCGCUAUUACAACAUUGGUUCUGUUGUUCUUGUGUUGUCCAAUAUCCUUGUUAAUAAACAACCAUGUGGUUAAAGAGC